CUGCAGCAGUGUGCCGGUAGGAACAAAGAGGCUCUGUUGGAGUAAGACGAAGGUAGAAACGUUGUCGAAGAGAACAGUAGAAAACCAAUAAUUAUGCCAUCCUUCCGCACCAUUCGAAAUAGGUCGUGCAUGAUUUUUGUAGCAGCAGUUCUACUGCCACUACAGUAUGAAUUUGUGCAGUCGUUGUCUCUUCGUCAGACUCAAUAUCAGAUCAAGUCCUUCUCGUCGGUAGAAGACGAAGUCAAGUUAGAGGAUGAGUUUCGGGUGAUGGAUAGAAGUUCUUCAUUGCUAUCUCGCCGGAGUGCCGUGACUGCUUCCACCGUCGCUUUGUUCUCGCAGUGCUUUGCUGCCAACGCUGCCGAUGAUGCUACCCAAUUUCCCACAUCUGCUGGCCGACGAGGUUGCAAAACUGAGACAAAUCCAUCCCGUACCAUUGUAACAUGUAGAGGGGACAUGCAAUCAAAUAAUGCCGAUGGACGACUAUCGAAAAUAGCCGCGACGGAGAAUGGUGUGUCGACAUCUUCGGUUAAAAACCCAUCUCGGUUCUCUCCUCCCUGGACAUACCUCACAGAAACGGACGAUCCGAAAAAGGCAUGGAGAUCACUUCAAUCGGCAGUGCUCAAUGUGGAUCCUACGUGCCAAAUUAUUGAAAUUACAGAUACGUAUUUGCACGCCACUGUUGCGACGUCCGCACCACCAGGCAUCGAUGGCCUGGAUGAUAUGGAAUUUUUGAUACGCCCGGAAGAUAAUGUGGUUUUGUACAGAUCAGCUAGCCGGACAUCAGUAUUUGUGUAUCCCUUGACGCAGCCUGUUAGCGAUAAUAACACUAAUUUGAAAAGACUGCAAAAGAUUCGAGCGACUUUGGGAUGGGAAGAGCUCGGUUAUCAGCAAAAAGGAUCUAUGAGGAUAUAAUACGAGUGAAUUUCAUUUUUGGUCCAAACAAUACCUGGACGUCGUGCGCCUUGUCACACAAUUGUAAACGAAACGUCAAAAACGCCUUUUACUAUUAUUAUCGAAUUGAAAGAAACUCAUUUACAUUGGUUUGAAGGCUGCAUGAUGGGGUUAUCAAAAUUAUGGUCUCACUCCUUGUUGCAGAACUUGUUGUACUGAACAACCUCUAAUAUUAGGUCAAAUGGAAAUUUCCAUGAUGUUUGAUAGCACAUUCCAUUCCAGUUUGACGAGCAAAUCAACUUUCUAACAAUCA